UUCUUAUUUGUACAGUUGACUUUAAAAUUCAUAAAUAUUUAAAAAGUUAUCAUAUUUAUCUGUAUAUUAUUGUAUAAAUUAUGAAAUCAUUCACUGAUAGUAAAUUGAAAAAUGUAUUAUACAUUCUUAUCUCAGCUUGAUUUAAUGACAAUUGUAUUUUGUUAUUUUUGAAGUUACUAUUUAUUGUUUAUUAAUUAUUCUUAUUUUGAAUCUAUAAAUUGAAAUAUCAUAAAUCACUAAUUAACAUCAAUUUUAUGGAUUUAAUUAGUAUAUUCAAUGAAAACGAAGCGAAAAAUCAGAUUGAAAAUAUAGGUUAUAAUGAGAAAUCUGUUUUCUGGAUAGUGAACAAUAAGACACAAAGUUGGUGAGUUGUCAAAUAAACGUAUUACGAUGAAAUGUACAUUAUUGCAAAUAUCCAUAUAAAUACAUAAGUAAAAAAAAAUCAAAUUAAUUAGAUAAAUUAUGACGAAUAUGUUUACUGGACGAAAUUGGCGAAAUAAUUUAGACCUUCCUCAUGUAUAUAGAGUGGGUAGCAGCACAUUACGAAUUCAAAAUCAUUAUUUAAUAAUUUUUUUCUCAAUACUAUUAUUGAUUUUGCUAUAUUUUUGCUCGUUUGCAUUAAAUUAUAACUGCUUUACUGAGUGUAAAAAUACUUCAUGUUUGAAUAUCUACAAAUAUAAUUCAACAUAUCCUAUGACUGCACCCAUACGUACGAACUCAGGAACAACUUAUCGAAUUGGAAUUGUGAGUGAUCUCGAUUUACAGUCAAAAGCUAAUGAAGAAAAUAAAUGGAUAAGUUAUUUUAAAAAAGGAUGGCUGACGUGGUUACCAAAAAAUAAUCAUAUUUCUGUUCAUUGGGAUGAAGAUGAAAUUAGUCUUUCUUCAACCUUUUCGAUGAAGGAUCGUGGCAUGGAGUUAUCAGAGCUUGUAACAUUUGAUGGUCGGCUCUUGAGCUUUGAUGAUAGAACUGGUCUUGUUUACCAAAUAGAGAAUGAUAAAAUUUAUCCUUGGAUCAUCCUAGCAGAUGGUGAUGGAAAAACUUCAAAAGGUUUUAAAUCAGAAUGGGCUGCUGUAAAAAAUAAUUUACUGUAUAUUGGUAGCAUGGGAAAAGAGUGGACUUCAGCCUCCGGGGAAUUUGUUAAUAAUAAUCCUAUGUGGAUAAAAGUAUUGUCUCCGGAUGGUGCAUCUAAUUCAUUAAACUGGAUGGAUAAUUAUAAAAAAUUAAGAGCAUCGAUCAAUAUCAAUUUUCCAGGAUAUAUGAUCCAUGAAUCUGGUACAUGGAGUAAUAUACAUAAGAGCUGGUUUUUUCUACCUCGUCGAUGUUCUCAAAACCAAUAUAACGAAACAACAGAUGAAAAUAUGAGUUGCAAUGUUUUAUUAAAAACAGAUGAGUAUUUCAGUACAGUAGCAGUAAUAAAAAUUGGUACGAUCAUACCAAUAAGAGGAUAUUCUAGUUUCAAAUUCCUUCCUGGUUCAAAUGAUUAUAUUAUUGUGGCACUAAAAACUGAAGAAUAUAAAGGUGAUACUGCCACGUACAUUACAGCAUUCACAAUAGAUGGUUCAAUACUGUUACCAGAUACGAAGAUAGCUACUCAGAAAUUCGAAGGACUUGAAUUUAUAUAAUGAAAAUGGAUUCAAUAUUUAAUUGGCAGUUGUACAGUAUUCGUGCAUGUUAUUAUGAAACAACAAUCCUAUGCAAUAAUAUAUGAAAAAUUACCUAGAUUGAGCGAUGGUUUAAACAUAAAUAUAAAAAAGGACGUGUCCAAUAUAAUCAAAGGUUCAAACUUUGACAAACUUGCCAAUAAAACAAAAUUAUGAAUAAAAUUAAAAUUUUUCAAUUUAAAUAAAAAUAUUUAAAUGAUCGAUACAUAAAGAACAAGAACUGUGAAUAGAUUCCAUUGUUAUUUAUUUUGAUUAAAUUAUAUAUUUUUUAUAAGUAGUAAUAUUAAA